AGCUGCUUUUAUGACUGGUUACUACCCAUACCACAUUGGACGUCAGAACUGCGUUGUUAUAGUGCUGGAACCAACAGGCGUAUCAGUGAAAUAUCCUUUCCUGUCACAGAAGCUGAAAGAACUCAGAUAUUCUACUCAUAUUAUAGGAAAAUGGCAUCUCGGACAUUGUAAUGAAUCCUAUACACCAACGCGCCGUGGAUUUGAUUCCUUCUUAGGCUUCUACUAUGCAGAAGGAGAUUACUAUACGCACAAAAUCGAAAGUUCUGUCCAAGUAUGGAGGGAAAUUUUGGACUUCCACAGAAAUCUGGAACCAACUAAUGACUAUAAUGGAAUAUACACUACGGAUGUUAUGAAGAAAGCUGUGACGGAUCUCUUGUCUAAAUCAAACCCAGAAGUGCCAUUAUUUCUUUACCUACCUUUCCAAGCUGUUCAUAGUCCUUUACAAGUGCCAAAAAUAUAUGAAGAAAAAUACAGCCAUAUCAGAAACAAAGAAAGGAGGAUUUACAGUGGCAUGGUGACUGCUUUGGAUGACGCUAUAGGAAGUCUGGUAUCAGACAUGAAGCGGUACGGAUUUUGGAAUAAUUUCCUAAUUGUGUUUAUAUCAGAUAAUGGAGGUGAGGUGUUGAGCGGUGGAAGCAAUUACCCAUUGAGAGGAGCCAAGAUGACUCUUUGGGAAGGUGGAACGAGGGUGCCGACUUUUCUUUAUGGAGACAUAUUGCAAAAGAAAGGAUACGUCAACAACAAUUUGAUCCAUGCUGUUGACUGGUUUCCAACACUACUGGCAGCUGCUGGAGGUGAAAAUAAAGAUGAUGGAAUGGAUGGCAUGAACCAGUGGAAUUCCAUUAGCACAGGAGGUCCCGAAGUACGAAAUGAGUUUAUCUACAAUAUUUACGAUCUGGAAUAUAAGAGAGCAGCAAUAAGAAUGGGAGAUUACAAAUUAAUAAUCGGAUACCCAGGAUUACCUUGUGACUGGCUUCCAGUGUCUCAACAAGAUGAAGGAAUAGAACUUGAACAAUCGUGCUCAAAAUCAAACAUCUCAGAACUGGGUAUUUAUCUUUACAACCUCAGAGAUGAUCCUCUAGAACAACACAAUUUAGCUGCAAAGGAAAAAUCGGUUCUGCGAAGAAUGAAACAUCGUUUAGAGCAAAUGGGAAGAUCCAUGGUACCAUCAGAUGAUCCUUUCCCAAAUUUUUUUGCAAUGCGAAAAUUGACAAGAAUUGGUGCGCUAGUACCUGGAUGGUGUCAAGCUAAAUGACAUUUGAAAAACAUGUGAUCUCAAAUACAUUUUAGAUUCCAAAUAAAUUUACAGAAGUAUAAUGCAGAGUUUUAAUAACUUCCUUUUGCUUUAAUAACCUUUUUUACAUAACAACAGGAAAGGUUUAAAACUCGGAACUAAGUCAGCAACAUUAAUACUGUGAUCAGAUCAGGAUUUUCUCUCCUCUGAUCUUUCUUUUUUUCAUCCUUGAAGAAUUCUCAUUCCUGCUUGAAUAUCAUGGCAGAGAGACUGGAGCCCAAUGGUAUUAUAAAUAAUAACAUCCAAUUUCUGUAUUUGUAAUAUUUCAACUCAUUUUUAAACAAAAGAGGCUUGAAAACUGAAUUCAUUCCUUAUCUGUCUGGUCGUGAAUUUUUCUUCAGCAUUACAUUAAUAAAUCAGAUUUUACCAAGAUUAUUGCCUGUCAUUACUAACGCCGAGUAUAUUAGGCAGAAGAACAUGACACGCCCUGUGGAUAAGAAUGCCGACUAAACGGCGUUCACGUUAUGAUCUGUGGAUAUUAUCGUACUACAGUCGACAUUCGUGCAAUCUGAAUCGAUACCAGGUGCAAGCCGUCUGUAAUUUAAUACCCAGAAAAAAUACCUUUUCAAAUUACUAUAAUAAAAAUUUAAAUCCAGCGAAUGAAAAUAACACUAAUAAUUUGGAUGGAAAUGCAUAUUAUUUAAUCUGUCGCAAAGUGUAUGCUCGCAGCUGGUUGUGCUGUAGAAUGAAACCAUGUUCGCGGCCGUCUUUCCAGCGUGAUGCAAUUAACGGCCAACUGUGAGUAAAGAAGAACUAAAAUACAUCCGAAAUUGCAUUUUUUAUGCUGUGAAAAAGCUGCUUAUGAACUUAGUGGAUGUUUGACUAAAGGUGUUUGAAUAACUUCACAGCUUUGUCAUAGAGAUACGGCUGGUAAUACAUUAAUAGCUGUAUGAAGACUGACGAAAUGCACCAAAGGCAGCUAUGCUUCUGCAAAGCUAAAACUAACUGUACAUUGCACUAAAGAAACGAAACAACUUUAUUAAUGCUAAUGACUUGAUAAACAUUCUACAAACAUGCUCUAGCAUGUUUCCGUAACCAAACCUAACGGCUAAAUGAACAAUUAAUGGGUGACGCUGUAUGCGGCAAUAUUUUAUACGAAGAAUAGCUUUGCGUUGUUUCCAUCAUACUUUAUGAUGACAAGAUUCAAUGGUAGAAGCAUUCGUAGUAUUCGCAUUAUUUUCAACAAUUGUCAGUUCAACAAGAGAAAUUAUAUUAUUACAAAAAACAGCUAAUAAACUUUUGAAACCAGCUAGUUUGCUAAUAAGGAUUUUUAAACAAUUAUAUUAUAACUAUUUAUAAACCUUUUAUUUUUGAUUAUAAAGCCUUCUGAGAGGACUAUGACGAAUAUCAGAUUAGAGCAAUAUUUCUCAGCUGUUCGUAAUGAACUAAAGUUUUUAGUCAUUUUAAUAAAACUCAAAUAGAUUUUUGCAUUAUGUGUAUAUUAAACGCAAAGCAGUUUAUUUCAAGCAAAAAUACGAAAAAUAAUGCAAACAACUAAAAUUCUAAGACAUCGAGAAAAUGUACGCCACUAAAAAUCAAAGAGAUCGAGCAAUGCAUUUUUCAUAUUCCAAAAAUCAGCAUGACGAAAUAUGCUUUAUAUUGUUUUCCUUCCAACUGUUAAAGCUGAGAAAAAUAAGCAAAAGAAAACUGCCGCAGUAUACUACAUGAAAAUUGGAAAUUAGUAAAUAUAAAACUCACACAGGAAAUUUUAAUUUUAAUGAACAGAAGCCUAACAUUCCUCACAGUUGCUAGAAUGGCUGUAUUUCCUGCAAUAUGCUCUUUAAUUCUUGUCAGUAUUACAGGAUGUAAACACUUCUAAUACCUAGCACACUACAGUGCUUAUAGGCAGGCAUACACGUUCAUAAAAGUACUAUAGAUAGACAUUUAGCUUUUAUUUGUAGAAAGAGUUGAAGUGAGAGCUGAUGAGCAUAUUUUCUUACAGUCACUGAAUGACUGCUUGUAGGCUGUUUCUGAGUAAGUAAUAAAAGCCUAUAAAACACAUAAAAUGUGGAAAUUGGUAGAUGAAGUUGUAGGAUUCCUCGCCCUUUUCCUAUGAUUAAAACGUCGAGGAACGUAGUGAACUACGUAGCGAUUUAUCGCUGAGUUCAGAACAACUAAGAAGUAGACUCGAGAAGGCUUAAAAUACCCUUUUAUUCACACAUAAGAAUAACAGUUGGCCCCUUCUCGAGCUUAGAGGAAAGCCUCUACUCGGGCUUUAAUUAAGAAUAAGAAAAUAAGAAACUAAGUUACUAUUAACUAAACUAGACUUAGCUGAAGCUAGACACAAUUAUCUAACCCUUAAAUUAAACUAGCCGGCGAAUAUCAAUAGACACGUAUAAUACGGUCGAGCGUAACGGCUUCAAGAAUGACUUAGCCAGAAGGCAAACACACGCCACUAGGCACUAUCGAAGUAAGCUGAACCUUCCUAAAAUACUUCUUCUUACUCAUUUCUAUUCAACGCGAUUCUAAAAACUCAUUCUGGUAGGUAGUUGUAAGUGGAAAUAAGAAUUGAAAGGAAAGGAUUUCAAAAUUAAAAUAGCUGCUAUAAAAUUAAAGUAUAUCUUACAAAGCGAAAGAAAAGAUAAGUCUAAAAAUAAUUCAAUUUUUUGGAUACUAAAGGGAACUUUAGUAUUCAAAAAGAAAAAGGAGAAAAAAAUAGAAAGAAAGAAAACCUCUAAGGCGAAAACUCCGUAACCUAUUAAAUCAAUCUUUUUUUUUUUUUUUUUUUUUUUUUCAAAGCAAAUGCUUUCUUUCCAUUUAGAUCUCUUCCUUAGAACUCAUUUAAACUUCUCAAUGUUUCCUAAACUAUACUUCCACUUGAUAUAUUCUAAGCUGGCUUCAUACGUAGCAGUUUUCAGUUCCCUCAAGAAACUUAAUUUCAUUAAUUUCUCUGAAUCUAAUACUUUUAGCUGUUUUUUGACGUCACUAAUAACAACCAUUUCACUUUUUUCCUAGCUUGACAAGAUUCAUAAAUAUUAUCUUUUUCAAUUAGACACUUCAUUUCUCGCAAAUGAUAGCCAGGAUUUCAAGCAAGGAUCUCAAAGCACUUUUCGCAACAUAAGAGGGUAUUUUUCUUAGAAAGAAAAAAAACAGACUCUCGAAACUUGCUUAUACUUCUGACAUAGGAUUAGAGAUCAAGAAUAAUAACCUUCGGAUAACUAAACUAAUAAUCAGUCAUUUUACAGCUUAUAUUAAAAAGGGGACAAAUUUGACAUUUUUAUCAAAAACUGUUAAGAUUUAAAAAGAUGAAUCAGAGGCCGAUGAUAAUUAAGUAGAGGCUUUAUUAAAUGAUGGGAUUAAUCACGCACAUGGCAUAGCACACUUCUACAGAUCACACCAAACUACAACGACUGUUGCCAAUACAACCUAAGCAAAAUAUAAACAGUUACGGUUAAUAUACAUAUAACAUCAACUCAUAAACCAGGGAGUGAGUGUGAUUAUUCUCAACAAAAACAAAAGGCCGUCAAGAAUAUUCCUCCCCCCCCACAAAAAAAUACUGUCCUUUACAAAAUAGCACAUUUGGCCAGCCAAUUUAAUGAUAAUAAAAAGUCUAAAAAGUCAAUAUGUACCAAGAAAAAGGUUACAUUGUAUAUACUUACUGGAAAAGUAAAAUCACAUGUGUUGCCACAAAAGCUAAAAUAAAAGCUAAUGGAAUAUAAAUGUCAUGCACAUACUCUAUGCUACCGACCAAACCUGCCGGAAGAACAGACUUAUAGCUGAAAGGAGAGAGGAGAAAAUCUGGCAACGAAAAGAAGAAACGUGCUUGAUGCGAGAAGGACGGCAUGCUGGUGUG